AUGGCUGACUUAUUGCCGGAAUGUCUCAUUCAAAAAAUACUCGGUUUGCUUAGUCAUAAAGAAGCAAUCAAGAUGAGCAUUCUCUCGAAAACAUGGCUGCAAGCGUGGUUAACUCUUCCCAAGUUGGAAUUCACUGUUCUUUGUUGGGAAGGCCGUACAAAGAUAGUGGACACAAUCAUGGAGAGAUAUGAGAAGGGGAAAAUUCCUAUACAAAAGUUUGAAUUAUCACUGUUUUUUGCUGAUUCUCCCGAACUUUUCCAUCUGGUUGAUAAGUGGCUUCUCAUUGCACUUCAGAAUGGUGUAAAAGAACUUGUACUUCACUUUACAUCAUACCGGGUGCCUAUUUUAACAAUCUUGGCAGCAAAAUCAUUAAGUGAAUUGGUUCUGCACGAUUGUAUACUUAUGCCUGUUUCAUUAUCUAGUGGGGUUGUGAAUUUCAAUUCUUUGAGAAAAAUUUCUCUAUCUAAUGUAACGUUAGACGAAAACAUGCUUCAGACUCUACUUGAUAGCUGUCCCUUGAUUGUCUCUUUCAUCCUUGAGAAUUGUUCGGGGAUGAAAGUUCUAAAAAUCAAGUCGGAUUCCCUAAAGGUCUUGAAGAUUAUACAGUAUUACAAGAUAUGUGACAUUGAUGCUCCAAAUUUGGUAUCCCUUGACUAUACUGGGAGUGAAAUUCCUGAACUUAACAUUGCAAGAGGGUCAAGCCAAUUGAAGAACACAAAAAUCAUUCUUCAUUGUCUCCCCAGUUUCUCCAGUUUAAUUAAUACGGCAUGGUUUUGUAAGUUGAGGAAGUUUCUAUCAAAUCCGUCCUCUUGUUCUGAAGUUAGCCUUUGUUUAUUCGAAUGCGAUGAGAUCAACCUGACAGAUUUGCAAAUGGACCACAUAGGUUCCACUGGAUGGGUGGAUGUUUUAAAUCUCAAUAUGCUACUGAUGAAUCAAAUUAUAGAGUGCCCAACUUUUGUGGAUGCGUUGCUAUGGAGUUGUCAUCCUAGGAGACUCAACUUAAUCUCAUUUGAUAUUGAAACAGUUACACGUUUAAUUGAUUGUUUAAUGUAUAUGAAGAAUUCGAGUCAUUCUACAUAUUCUCAUGGUUGGAAUAAUCAAUUAAAAGAAAUAAAAGCUUUUGAUGGAAAAAAUCAGUUGCUGCAACUCGGAAGUGAGGAGCUUGCAAAAAGGAUUACGGAGGGGGAGCAACCUUAUUUCAUAUUAGAUUGGUGA